AUGCUGCCCGGAAUCGAUUCUUACGCGUCUGAUUCGUCAUAUACCAGUGAACCAGCUCCCUCCACAGCUGGCCAUCCUACUGCAGACACUGAGUCCUCCGAGCCGUCACCACCACCGAUGCCUCUGCCCCCUCACAACCAACGCUUCCCAGACCCCGAAUCUGCGAUCAAUGCUAUCAAUGAGCUUGCGCAGCCAGCUGGAUAUGCCGUUAUCAAAGGACGCUCCAAGAAGACAAAAUCCGGGAUGGUAAAGAAGGUUGUUUUGUUCUGCGAUCGCCAUGGUGAAUACAAGCCAGCCUUAUCUGAUACCUCACGCAAGCGAAAGACUACCUCAUAUGCCAGUGGAUGCAAGUUCCAGGCUACCCUACGUCGUCAGCUAUUAGAUACCGAUACCAAUGCCAAUACUAAUGCCUGGAUCCUUACCGUGGAGAAUAGAGAGCAUAAUGGGCACGAGCCCUCAGAUGCAUCUACUCACCAAGUUCAUCGAAAACGUGAGAUGACGCAACAAAUGGACGCUAUCAGAUCACAGCUUGAUCUUCAGAUACCUACACGCCACAUAAUGACUGCAACUCAGGCAAGGAAGCCAGACUCAUGUCUAAUAGAACGAGACAUUCAUAACCUUCGAGCAAAGUUAAAUCGAGACUUUUUACAAGGUCGUACACCUAUUCAAGCACUUCUUAUGGAGCUUCCAACCGAUGGCAAAUGGCUAUUCCGAUACACACUUGAUCCAGAGCAGCAUGUUACUGUUCUUUUCGCUAUGUAUCAAAAGAGUCUGGAAAUGUUGAAGCAUAAUCCUUGGGUAAUCUCAAUGGAUUGCACCUACAAGACUAAUCGUUACAAUAUGCCACUACUUGAUAUUGUUGGAUUCACCUGUACUGGUGCAUCGAUCUAUCUUGGGUGGGCAUUUAUUGUUAACGAACAAGAAGAAACAUACAAGAUUGUUAUGGUUUAUCUCUUGGAAAUGUAUGAGCAUCUGCAUGAAAACGAUCGAUCCUUUCCAUCAGCACCAAGUACUAUCCUUACCGAUAAGGAACCUGCUCUGAUCAAUGCAGUUCAUGCUAUAUUCCCUUCUACUAAGACAAUCAUCUGCAUCUGGCAUAUCAACAUGAACCUAAUGAAGAAGGCUCUACCACUUCUUCGGAAGGCUAUUGCUGAAGCUCGUGAUAAUGGACUAAUUGAAUGGGAUGGGUUUUCUCUUCCGUCAAAUGACCAUCGACUAACAAAAGAAGGAAUUGGAUGA